AUGCGAGUCCAUGAUACCCAGCCUGCGCCCGUCUACCCCCACCGGGACCGGCUGCUCGGCAUCGACUGGAUGCUCGAGAUGUCAAAGGCAAUCAGGUCACACUCGAUUCUGCAGCUCUGGGAUGGGCUGUUCUCGAGCUUGGGCAACACCUUCUGGACCAAAAACGUCGGCGCGUGGAUCAUCAUGACAAACGAGCCCGAGAACGUCAAGGCGCUGCUGUCAGGGCAGUUCGAGACGUGGCAGAUUGCCGGCGUGAGGCAGGCAGCUAUGGUGCUCGCUCUGGGGCCGAAUGCCAUCUUUUCGGUUAACGGUCACGCCUGGCAUGAUGCGAGGACCAUGAUGCGACCGAGUUUUGUGAGGAAUCAGAUUGCCGACCUGGAGUGCACCGACAGACAUGUUGAGGCAUUCCUGGAUAGGAUACCGAGAGAUGGACAAGCGGUAGACCUUCAGGAGUUGCUGUACAUGUUCACCAUGGAUAUCUCGACCGACUUUAUGUUUGGCUACUCAACCAACAUCUUGUCGGAUCCCUCUUCGGAAGCCCUUGACUUCACUCGUUCCUUCGACUAUGCCCUCCUCUCCGCAGCGCAGCGUGCUCGCUUAGGCUGGAUUGUUUUGCUUAUGCCAGAUAGAAAGCUCAACGAGGCUGCUGCAACCUGCAGGCGAUUCAUCGACCGCUACGUGAAGGAAGCACUUGCUUCAAGCAGGGAAAAGGAGAGGCCUUAUGUGUUUAUGAACGAGAUGUUCGCCUCAGGGGCUUCGCAGGAGUAUGUCCGAGAUCAGCUACUUGCCAUGAUCCUUGGUGGAAGAGACACUAGCGCCAGCACCAUGAGCUCGUUAUUCUGGAUUUUGGCACGGCGGCCAGAUGUGGUCGAGAAGCUAAGGGCCGAGAUUGCGGGACUGGAUGGUCGAAAGCCGACUUGGGAAGAGUUGAAGGAACUCAAGUACCUCAACAUGGUGUUGAAGGAAGCUUUGAGAUUAUGGGCUCCUGUGUCAACAAACUCGAGAGAAGCUGUAAAAGACACAGUUCUUCCCAAGGGCGGUGGGCCAGAUGGGCAAUCCCCCCUAUUUGUCCCCAAAGGCACGGCAUGCCGGUGGUCGAGCUAUAGUCUUCACCGACGUAAGGACAUCUAUGGCGACGACGCAGAAGAGUUCAAGCCCGAGAGGUGGGAGUCACUCCGAGCAAAAUGGGAGUAUAUCCCGUUUAGCGGCGGGCCUCGGAUCUGCAUCGGCCAGCAGUUUGCUCUAACGCAAAUGUCAUACUUGAUCACUCGACUAUUCCAGACGUUUGAAUCAAUGGAGGCGGCGGAUGAUAAGCCCAUGCUGCAAAGUGUCAGCACAACAAUCGCUUUGGUCAAUGGAUGUUGGGUUCGGCUGACUCCAGUCGGGGCAAGCUGA